AUGCCGCCCGACAUGCAGUACACUGGAGGCAGUUCUAUCAUUGCCCGCACAGUGCGGCGAACCCCUCCAGGUGCCUUCGAUCCAACCAUCAAAAACUUGCAAUGGGGAGACUUGACACGAGGCUUGUUUGAGGCAAACGAUCGUGGCGCAGACUAUCCCUUCCUUGCCGACGGUGAUACGAAUCUUACAGAAGGGUCUGGCUUCAAUAUAUGUGUCAUUAAAGAUGGCGCUCUCUACACAGCUGACCGUGGUGUUCUGGGAGGCGUGACGCGGAAGAGUGUUUUCGACGUUGCGCGCGCCAGAGGAAUCGAAAUUCACCUUGAGGUCGUGCCGCUCAACCUCGCGUACCAUUCAGACGAGAUAUUUAUGUGCACCACGGCUGGUGGUAUCAUGCCGAUCACUCGUCUCGAUGGCAAACCGGUCAAGGAUGGCCAGAUUGGCCCUAUCACCAAAACGAUCUGGGAUGACUAUUGGGCCAUGCAUUAUGAUCCAAAGUACAGCUUCGAGGUCGACUAUUAA